AUGCCGGCCUCUGUGCACUCCGAGGAGCCCCAAGAGCAUGAUCAGUCCAUGAUGGACGCCGAGAAUGAGCCCGUCAACCCUAUUCUGCUGGACGAGAAGCGCAUCGUGGUGCUCCCUGGCUCUUCCGAGACCGCUGCGUCGUUUCAGUUCGAGGGUGAGGGACAUACUAUGGGUAACGCGCUGCGUUUUGCGAUCAUGAAGAACCCCUCCGUUGAGUUCUGUGGCUAUACCAUCCCUCACCCCUCCGAUGCAAAGAUGCACCUCCGCAUCCAGACUACUGACUCCACAACCGCCCUCGAGGCUUUGGAGAAGGGCUUCAGCGACCUGAUGGACCUGUGCGACGUUGUGACCGAUAAAUUUACCGUCGCCCGCGACCAGUUUAAUCAAGAUAAUAGCAACCGCAUGCAGUCGUGA